AGGUUUGUAUGAGGGCAGGGGCUGACUGACAGGAUGACGUGCUGUAGCUUGUAGACCACAGCGCUCUGUGACUUGACUAAGAACAGCCUCAGAUCCACCAAAUGCGCACGCCACGCCCACAGUUGCACGCUGCCGGGUCCCAGAAGUCGACCAUACUUCUCAUUCUUCUUCCUUGAGCUGCUUUCUGUUCCCCUGCGUCCUGUUCGUCUUUUUUUGUGUGUGUGUGUUCAGCGGCUACAGACAGAUAUGGCGGAGCUGGAGGGCCUGGAGUUUGGGAAGUCAGACUUUGUACUUCUGGAUGAGGUGACGAUGGAGCAGUUUAUGGAUAAUCUGAAGUUAAGGUUUGAGAAAGGUCGUAUCUACACCUACAUCGGAGAGGUGGUCGUCUCUGUUAACCCCUACAGACAGAUGGACAUUUAUGGCAGAGAUACCAUUGAUGCGUACCGGGGCCGGGAGCUGUACGAAAACCCUCCUCACUUGUACGCAGUGUCCGACGCUGCCUACAAGGCGAUGAAGAGAAGGGCUAAAGACACCUGCAUUGUCAUCUCAGGUGAAAGUGGGGCAGGAAAAACAGAAGCCAGUAAAUACAUCAUGCAGUAUAUUGCAGCCAUCACAAACCCGAGCCAGAGGGCAGAGGUUGAGAGUGUGAAGAAUGUGCUGCUCAAGUCCAACUGUGUGCUGGAGGCCUUUGGGAACGCCAAGACGAAUCGCAACGACAACUCCAGCCGCUUCGGCAAGUACAUGGACAUCAACUUCAACUUCAACGGCGAUCCCACCGGAGGACACAUCAACAACUACCUGCUGGAGAAGUCCAGGGUGGUUCAUCAGCAAGAGGGGGAGAGGAACUUCCACUCAUUUUACCAGUUACUGCGUGGAGGCUCUGAUGAAUUGCUGGAGUCAUUUCACCUACAGAAUGAUCCUUCUGUUUAUGCAUAUACCAAAGAGGGAGCUGCAACAACUACCUCCAACAAUGAUCGCUCAAGCCACAAAGCAGUGAUGAGUGCACUUGAUGUAAUUGGCUUCACACAAGAGGAGAUUAACUCAAUUUAUCAGAUCCUCGCCACCAUUCUUCUCCUGGGUAAUGUGCAGUUUGAGAGCGAUGGUGAGAGUGUUCAGAUUGUGGGACUCGAAACUGUGAACCACAUCGCUGAGCUGACAGCCACAGAUCCAGAGAGCGUCAGUAAGAGCCUGCUGUACCGCACUGUGGCCACCGGGGGCGGCGAGGUCAUCGAGAAGGGCCACACGGAGCAGCAGGCCUGCUUUGGACGGGACGCUUUUGCCAAGGCUCUUUAUGAAAGACUAUUCGGCUGGAUUGUUGGCCGCAUCAACAGCGUCAUUGAAGUGAAAGACUACAACCCAGUGCUUCAUGGGAAAAACACGGUCAUUGGAGUGCUGGACAUCUAUGGCUUUGAGAUCUUCGAUAACAACAGUUUCGAACAGUUCUGCAUUAACUACUGCAACGAGAAGCUGCAGCAGCUUUUCAUUGAGUUGAUCCUCCGACAGGAACAAGGCGAAUACAACAGAGAGGGCAUCACCUGGCAACAUAUCGACUACUUCAACAACCAGAUCAUUGUUGAUCUGGUGGAGCAGCCGCACAAGGGCAUCAUCUCCAUUCUGGAUGAAGCUUGCCUCACUGUUGGCAACGUCACUGACACAGUCUGCCUGGACAGCAUGGACACCAAACUGGCCCAGCACCCCCACUACACCUCCCGCAAGCUCAGCCCCACUGACAAAACCAUGGACUUCCAGAAGCACUUCCGUAUUCGCCACUAUGCCGGAGACGUCACAUAUUCUGUUGAGGGAUUUUUGGACAAAAACAAGGACCUGCUUUUCCAAGAUUUCAAGCGUCUCAUGUACAACAGUGCCAACCCAGUCCUGAAGGAGAUGUGGCCAGAUGGUCAGCUGAGCAUCACAGAGGUCACCAAGCGACCUCUGACCGCCGCCACCCUCUUCAAGAACUCCAUUGUGGCCUUGGUGGAUAAACUGGCCUGCAAGGAGCCGUACUAUGUGCGAUGCAUCAAGCCCAACGAGAUGAAGUCGCCGGUGCUUUUCGAUGAUGCCCGCUGCCAGCACCAGGUGGCCUACCUCGGCCUGCUGGAGAACGUGAUGGUGCGCAGGGCGGGCUUUGCCUACAGGCAGCACUACGCUCGCUUCCUGCAGCGGUAUAAAAUGACGUGCGAGUACACCUGGCCAAACCACCUGAUGGCCUCGGACAGGGAGGCCGUGGAGGCCAUCGUCACCCAGCACGGUUUCCAGGACGACGUGGCGUACGGCCAUACUAAGCUAUUUGUCCGAACGCCACGAUCUCUCUACACCCUGGAGCAGGAGAGAGCCGCACUCAUCCCCAUCCUGGUGCUUUUCCUGCAGAAGGUAUGGCGUGGGGCUUUAGCUCGUAUGAGGUGCCGGCGGAUGAGGGCCAUCUACGCCAUCAUGGGCUGCUAUAAGCGCUACAAGGUCAAGGCUCACUUCUGGGAGGUGGAGCGGAGGUUCGCUAAUGUACGAACUAUGGCCGACUAUGGAAAGACUGUGGAGUGGCCGACCCCGCCUGCAGCUCUGUCCCAGUUUCACAACAAUACAGUCAUGCUGCAUCGCAGGUGGUGGGCGAGGCAGAUCGUGAAGAACAUCCCUCCGUCUGACAUGCUGGAGGUUCGGGCCAAAGUGGCAGCUCUGACUGCUCUGAGCGGAGAGAGGAAAGACUGGGGCUUCAGCAGACCCUGGGAGAGGGACUACCUGGCCAAUGUGCGAGACUGCCCUCAGACCAGCUCCGGCUUCAUCCGGGUUUCCAAGGAGCUGAGGAACAAAGACGAGUACAGUCAGGUCCUCUUCUCUGGCUUCUGCAGGAAGGUGAAUAGAUUCAACAAAAGCACAGACCGCAGCCUGCUCGUCACAGACAAGUACGUCUACAAAUUAGAGCCAAAGAAACAGUACAAGGUUUUGAAGAGGCUUCCUUUAGACACUUUUACAGGAGUGAGCGUGACCAGCGGGGUCGACCAGAUGGUGGCGCUGCACACGUCCUCUCAGGAUGACGUCCUGCUGUGUCUGCAGCGAGGGCAGCUGUGCCCCAACCAGGACCGAGUGGGCGAACUGGUGGGAUCGCUGGUCGACCACUUCACACGAAUAAGAAAAGUCCCGUUCCCUGUGAAGGUUUGUCGUUCAGCCGUGCAGCUUCACAUGAGAGGAAAACCCAAAAGCGUCACGGUGGAAACCAAACCGGGUCAGACGAACGCAGAUUUCAAGAAGAGUCGAGACGGUUUUGUCCUGCUGGUCCCCAGCAACUGAGUGAGUCCAUCCCAACUGAAACCACCGACAGAUGGACCUCACAGACCUGGACCUGGAUACCAGCUGGAGCUCUGGGAACGUGUUUCCUCGAUGGUGUCAUGUAUCCUUAUCAAUGAGGUUCAUGUAAACAACAGACAAGGAUGUAAAUCUGCGUUUACUUGGAAGGAUUUUUUUUAUUAUUUAUUUUUUAUUGUACUUUCACCAGGGUUUUAAAGUAUUAACCGGGAGCAGAGUUGCUGGCAGAAUCUGCUUUCUUAAUCCUGAGCUGCAGGAGGACAGUGUUCACCGGACGAAAGAGCUGAAUAGUAUUGGAGGCAAAUUUGGAGGUUUUCAUGUCAGUGUAAAGACUCAGGACUCAGCUGUAAUACAUACGGUAUAUGUAUUGUACUGCCUUUGCUGUAUUUUUUAAUGUUUUGCUGUUGUAAAAUAGUUGAAGUUAUUUUUACAGAGAAGAAUGAACGAAAACAUAAAUUAAUGCACUUUUUUAUUGACAAAUUGUAAUCGCAAUGCAUAAAUACAAUCAAGACAAAACAUUUCACAAAUAUUUUUGGAUAUGCAUAGAAUUGUUGCAAAAACCAAACUAUUUUUCAUGUCUUGUCUCACACUGAUGCCUAGAAAAGGCACGACUGUGACCGAUUAUUCCAUGUCAGAAGUAAUAAAAAGGAGAAAGAAAAACAAGACAGUGGAGGAAAAUAAAUUAUUCAAGGUUUACUUAA